AUACUUUAAUACAUUUUUAGCAAAAAAAACUAAAUAAUAUGUUUCACAUUAUAAUAUAAACUAAAAAAAUUCCUUAUUUGAUGGCUAUUACAUAUAUAUUAUCAGUUUCAAUAAUCAUAUACGUGUACUUAGUAAGUACACGUAUAAUAUUCGUAAGAUCUGCAUACAUACAUAUUAUUUAGAAAACUUCUGUCUUCCAUUUGGCUCCCAAUAAUACGUCAAUAUACGCGAACCUUUGGAACUAAAGUACAGUACGCGUUGUUUAGGCUGCGUUUGAAUUGGGUGAAAACCAAUUUCAGAAAUCAAUUUCCGGAAAAUCCAUGUGUUUGGCUGUCACGGAAAACAUUAUUUUUCGGAAAAUGAUUUCCGGUUGACCACUAAUUUCACCUUUGACCCGGAAAUGAAUUUCUCCCCUCAUUUUCACUUCAAAGGAUUUCCGGAAAAAGAGAGAGAGAGAGAGAGAGAGCGCGCGCGCGCGAGGGGAGAAGACCAGUCCGACGACCGCGAUCGACGCUUCGCGAGAUCGCGCCGUCGAAUGCGAUCUCGCUUUCGCGAGAUCGCGCCGGAUCGAGAUCGCGAUCGACGGCGCGAUCUCAUGAAGCGUUUCGCGAGAUCGCGCCGUCGCGAGAUCGCGACGUUGAUCGCGAUCUCGCCUUCGCGAGAUCGCGAUCUCGGAUCACGAUCGUGUUUUCUGGAUUUGUGUUUUCUAGAUUCGUGUUUUCUGGGUUGUGGCUUGUGUUUUUCUGGAUUUGUGUUUUCCUUCUUCUUUUCCAAACACCAGAAAAUAUUUUCCGGAAAAUUUUUUGAAAUGCAACCAAACACACAGAAAUAUUUUCCUUUUCCGGAAAUUAGCAUUUCCGGAAAAUAUGUAUUUUCCGGAAAACGUUUUACAGCAACCAAACACAGCCUUAAUUAAAACGUUAGAUUUGACCAUAGAAAGACGGAGCCACCAAAUCAAACAUAACAUGGCCAUAAAUGUAAAACUCUUAACAGUUUAAAUAUCGAGAAAAAUAUUAUUUUGGUCUUGAUACUUUAUUGAAUAUCUAUUUUUCUUUUCAAAACUUUAAAAGUUUGUUUUUGUUUUUAAACUAUUGAAAAUUUAUUCUUUCAUCUCUAAAUUGUUAAAAAUAUUUUACUUUAGAACAUUCAUAGUAGAUAUAUUAAAUGUCAAAUAUUUGGCACAUUUGGUACACUAAAUACAAAAAAUCCUUUUAUGAGUGGUUUCAAAUCUCAUAAUUUUUGUCAUAUGUGAAUAGUACUAUUAUAUUUUGGAACGGUAUGGACAAAAAUGUUAAAAAUAAAAAGUUUUUUAUUCAUUUCUUUUUCUCACUCUUUUUUACUCUCUCUCUCUCUCUCUCUCUCUCUCUCUCUCUCAUUUUUGGUGUUUGGUGAGAAGAGUUAAUAUAUUAUUUUAAUAUGUAGUAAAUAUUAUUUUAAUGUAUAGAAUUGAAUGAUAAAAUAUUUGAUAAAUGAGAUGUUGUAAAAUGAUGUUGUAAAAUAAUAAAGUAAGUUUUUGAUGAGUCAAAAUGACAUUUUUUAUUGAAUAUUUGCUGUGGAUGCUCUUAUAUUCUUACACUUAAAAAAAAAAGAUCUAUUUUCAUCCAUAUUUUGUCUCUAAACUAUUAAUUAAAAAAAAAAAACUUAAGGAUAAAAAAAUAAUUUUUUAAAAAUUUAAGAAUGAAAUACUAAUUUAUGAUAAAGUUUUUGGACCGAAAUAGUAUUUUACCCUUAAAUAUUCAAUCAUCUCUAAGUAGGGAUGGCGAGGGAUAUCUUGACCCAUAUAUGCAUCACAGUACGCGUUAUUUAAUUAAAUCGUUAGAUUUGGCCAUAGAAAGACGGAGCCAUCAAAUCAAACAGAACAUGGCCAUAAAUGCAAAACUCAACAAUUUAAAUAACGAGAAAAAUAUUAUUUUGGCCUUGAAACUUUAUUAAAUAUUUAUUUUUCAUUCCAAAACUUUAAAAGUUUGUUUUUGUUUCUAAAUUAUUGAAAUUUUUUUCUUUCUUUUCUAAAUUGUUGAAAAUAUUUUACUUUAAAGCAUCCACAGUAAAAAAUAUAUCAAAUGUGUCAAAUGUCAAAUAUUUGGCAUAUUUGGUACAUUAAACACAAAAAAUCUCUUUUAUGAGAGGUUUCAAAUCUCAUAAUUUUUGCCAUAUGUGAACAAUACUGUUCCAUUUUGAAACGGUACAGACAAAAAUGCUAAAAAAAAUAGUUUUUUAUUCAUUUCUCUCUCGCUCUUUUUGACUUUCUCUCUCUCUCUUUCUUGGUGUUUGGUGUGAGGAGUUAAUGGGUCCGUUUGGAUUGAGCUUAUUGUUACUGAAACUGAAAACUGAAAACACUGUAGCAAAAUAAUUUUAAUUUUUAAAUGUAUGAAAAGUACCGUGGGACCUAUUUUUAAUAUUUUUUAAUGUGUGAACAGUGUUGCUACAGUACAUAAACAGUACUGCUACAGUGCAAAACAGUAAUUUUUGUGCACCAAAGUCAACAUAUGCGGGCAAAAAAAAAAAAAAAAAAAAAAACAAACAAAGAAAACGCAGAACGGAAACGUAGACGCAGGAAAACACAGUAGCCAAACGCCCUCAAUAUAUUAUUUUAAUGUGUAGUAAAUAUUAUUUUAAUGUAUACAAUUAAAUGAUAAAACAUCUGAUAAAUGUGAUGUGGUAAAAUAAUAAAGUAGGCUUUUAAUGUGGUAAAAUAAUAAAGUAGGCUUUUGAUGUGACAAAAUGACAUUUUUUUAUAGAACAUCUGUUGUGGAUGCUCUUAUAUUCUUACACUUUAAAAAAAAAAGAUCUAUUUUCAUCCAUAUUUUGUCUCUAAACUAUUAAUUAAAAAAAAAAAAAGCUUAAGGAUAAAAAAAUGAUUUUUUUUUUUUUUUUUAAAUUUAAGGAUGAAAUACUAACUUUUGGUAAAGUUUAAGGUAGUAUUUUACCCUUAAAUAUUCAAUCAUCUCUAAGUAAGGAUGGUGACGGAUAUCUUGACCCAUAUAUGCAUCACAAUUUUUUACAGAUUAAUGUUUAAUAUAAAAGAGCAUGUAUUAAAAUUAUCUGGUUCAUUAUUUGAGUCAAGAUGAGUUGACCCAUUUUGACACAAAUCAAUUUAGCCCAUAUAAAUACAUGUCAUUGUUGUCCAAAAUAAGUUUGAACUUUUAGUGUUUAUAUUUUGUUGAUCCUUAAUUGAAACCCUUGAGUUCCUAACCUUUAUUUUAAUCCAAAUUAAAGAAAAAACUAUCAUAUCAUUUUUUAUUCAUAGAUUUUUUUUUUCCUUUCUAAAUCUUGAUUGAGAUUUGUUUUGAUUGAAAUCAAACUUUUAGAUUGUAUAUUUCUUUGUACUCUAAUUGAUGUUAUUAUGGAAUAAAAAUUUUGGGAAUUUAUUUCUUUAUAAUUGUUAAAUUCUGGGACGGAUUUGACUCAACUCAUAACCUAUGGCAGAUGGAUCAUCCACAUGGUUAUCUAUCCAUGGGUUAUCUAAUAAGUGGAUUUAAAUUUGAAUUUAAACUGAUCUAAAUAUAAGUUGUCAAAAUCAAUUGUAGAGUAAUAUACAAUGAGUGGGUUUAUCCUAUUUGUAUUUAAAACCUCCUACAAUAGUUAGAAAAAAAGAAGAGCAAGAGAGAAAUUGCGAGAACAAAAUCGUAUAUACAAUUCCUAAGUGCUCUCUUAAGCUAAUCAUCUCUUUCUAGGGGCACCAUCCACAAUACCGUGGAAUUUAGAGUGUGGAAUCUUGAAUUAGACUUUGGUAGCCUCUCCAGUGUCGCAAAGGUGCUUUAAGAAUUGUAGAGGUCAUGUGGAGGAGUUUGUAAAGCAACCAAAAGAAAGAUCUUGGAAGUGGGUAAUCGAUUGUAUAAAGGGGCACCAUCAAGAGUACCAUGGAAUUUAGAGCGAUGGAAUCUUGAAUUAGACUUUGGUAGCAUCUCCAGUGUUGCAAAGGUGCUUUAAGAACUGUAGAGGUCAUGUGGAGGAGUUUGUAAAGCAACCAAGAGAAAGAUAUGGGAAGUGGGUAAUCAAUUCUACAAAGAUAAUACAAAAGAAGAAAGCAAAGAAAUGGAAAUAGCUAUGGAAGGUAUCAAACCAAUUAUAGAAAAAAUUGAAGAAAACUUGCUGGAGCGAAUCGGACAACAGAUUGGCUAUCUGAUUCACCUAAACAGCAACGUCAAGAAUCUCAAAGAUCAAUUUCAGAAGCUGGGAGACAAGAGACAUGGGAUGCAAUUAGAAAUUGAUGAAGCUGAAAGGAAGGGAGAGGUAAUGGCACCUGAGGUUGAGAGAUGGGUACAGAAUGUAGACAACAUCAGUGAAGGUCUGCAGGGAUUCCUUGAAGAAGAUGUCAAAGCGAAUACUAUGUGCUUGGAUGGAUGGUGUCCCAAUCUGAAGUUGCGUUAUUCCUUGAGUAGGAAAGCUAAGAAGAAAACUCUAGAAAUUGAUGGGCUUCUAAAGGAUGGACAGUUUGCUAGAGUGUCCUAUCGUCCUCCUCCACAAGGAAUUGGAUCUUCAGGUUUUAAGGUUUUUGAAUCAAGAAUAUCAAUUGUGAAAGAAGUUUUAAAGGCUCUAAGGGACAACAAUAUCAACAUGAUUGCCAUAUGCGGUAUGGGGGGGAUUGGAAAAACAACAAUGGCAAAAGAGGUAGCGAAAAUAGCAAAAGAUGAUAAGUUAUUUGAUGAAGUUGCGAUGGCAGUGGUGUCCCAAAAUCAAGAUGAUAAAAAGAUUCAAGGUCAAAUUGCGGAGAUGCUAGGUCUGGAACUUGUUGAAGAGUAUUCAGAAAGAAGAGGACGGUUAAAAAAUAGAAUAACCAGUAGUAAGAGUGUCCUUGUAAUAUUGGAUGAUAUUUGGGAUGCACUUGAUUUAGAGGCUGUAGGAAUUCCUUAUGGAGGUCAACAUAACAGAUGCAAAAUCUUGUUGACAUCACGAAGUGAAGACGCUUGCAAUCAGAUGAAAUCUCAGGAGAUUUUUAAAAUCGAAGUCUUAUCUGGAGAAGAAGCAUGGAAUCUUUUUAGAGAGAUGGCAGGUAAUUGUGUUGAUACUCCCAAUCUACAUCCAAUAGCGAAAGAGGUUGCAAAGGAAUGUGGAGGUCUACCUGUUGCUCUUGUGACAGUUGGAAGAGCGCUUGAAAACAAAAGUGAGUUUGAGUGGAGUGCUGCACUUCAACAACUUAAAAAUUCAAUCCCAAAAAAUAUUCUCGGUCUGGAUUCUAAGGUGUAUUCCAGCAUAAAGCUUAGUUACGAUUACUUAAAAAGUGAUGAAGCCAAGUCAUGCUUUUUGUUAUGCUGUCUAUUUCCAGAAGAUUAUGAUAUUCCUAUUGAAUAUAUAGUCAGAUAUGGAGUGGGACAAAGUUUGUUGGCAAAGAUUGAUAAUGUGGGAGAAGCGAGAAAUAGAGUCCAUGCAAUUGUUGAGUAUCUUAAAAGAUCAUUUUUAUUGUUGGAUAGCAAGGAAGAAGAAUCUGUCAAAAUGCAUGAUGUUGUCCGCGAUGUUGCAAUAUCAAUUGCAGAAAAUCAUUUGGUACAAUGUAAUAAUGGAAUGGAAGAAUGGCCAGAGAAAGAGACAUACGAGCACUCUGCAAUUUCACUUGUAUCUGAAAAACUGAAAAGGCAUCCUGAUGGCUUGGUGUGUCCGAAACUUGAGCUUUUGCAACUACUAUGUCCCAGAUGGACUUUGCAGACGCUCCCAGCCAAUCUAUUUAAAGGGAUGAGUGGAUUAAAGGUUUUGUCUUUGAUACGUAUGUCAUUUCCAUCACUACCGGAGUCAAUCCAUGUCCUUCAAAACCUUCGGGCCCUGCAUUUAGAUUUUUGUUGGUUAACAGAUGUGUCAGCAAUUGGAGCACUAAGGAAACUAGAAAUUCUUAGCUUUUUGGGUUCUUACAUCAAAGAGUUGCCCAGGGAAAUGGGAAAUCUUAGUCAUUUAAAGGUGUUAGAUCUGUCAAAAUGCCCGACUCUGCAGCGAAUUCCACCUGGUCUCCUAUUGAGUUUAUCUCACCUAGAAGAGUUGUACAUGUCUAGAGUCAGUGUGGAUUGGGAACCUAUGGAAGGCAACAAAGAGGGAGCAAAUGCAAGCCUUGCUGAACUGAUGUCUUUGUCCAACCAUUUGAUGGCUUUAAAAAUUGAUAUACCAAAUAUUGAGGUCUUGCCAAAACACAUUCUCUUUAAAAAUCAAAUGAUAAAAUUUCAGAUAUCUGUAGGUGAGGGAAUGUAUCACUAUUUGGCAGAAACAGAUUCUUAUUUAUUUAAAAAUAGAUUGGCACUUGGAAGAUGUGAUAUUGCAAAGAGUUGGACGCUUCUUCAACUGUUAGCAAGACGUGAAAUUUUAUAUUUGAGAGAAAUAGAAGAUUUUAAAAACAUUGCGUAUGAGUUAGACAAAGAAGGUUUUCAAUGCUUGAAGGUUCUAGAAGUUCGUGAAUGUAAAAAUGUAGAAUAUGUAAUCGAUGCUACAUUGCAUCAGACUCCACGUGCUGCCUUCCCUAUCCUGGAGUCACUGGACUUGAUUGAUUUGUAUAAUUUAAAAGAGAUAUAUCAUUGCCAAUUCCCAGAGAGAUCCUUGACCGAUGCAAAGCUUGGUUGCUUUGGCAACCUAAGAUCAAUUCGGCUAUAUUGUUGCGAACAGUUGAAAAAUGUUUUUUCAUUGUCCAUAGCGAGAGGUUUGGUUCAACUCCAAGAGUUAGAAAUAUAUUACAGUGCUCACAUGAAAGAAAUUUUCCCAAAGGAAGGAGAAGAUGAGAAGGCACUUGAUAAGAUCAUGUUUCCGCAAUUGACACUUCUACACCUAGAGAGGCUACGAAGUCUCAUUGGAUUUUGUACAAGCGUGGGUCCCGUUCAGCUUGUCCAAUCAUCCUUGAAUCAGGAGGUUGGAAGCAGUGAAACUGAUAAAUUGACCACUUCUGAAAAGGCUGAGGUGACUGAUGACAUUCAGCAACAUACUACUGGCUCAGACUUACUUGAAUCAACACCCCUUAUCUCUCAUAAACUCUUUUCAUCUACAACCAUCUUGUGGCCACCGAAUUUAGAAGAACUUCGGUUGAUUAUCAUCGAUUCAAUUGAAGUGCUGUUUGAUCUUGAAGGACUAAAGGUCGACAAUGACUGCCAGGGAAUCACAAUCCUUUCUGAAUUGAAAACUUUAACGGUAAAGCGUUUAUCUAAGUUGGCGUACAUGUGGAAGAAUGUUCCACGAGGAAUUCAGGGCUUUCAAAACCUAACAUCAAUUAACGUAUCUUUCUGUGACCGCCUAAUUUAUUUAAUCCCACUUUCUAUUGCAAAACUACUUGUGAAACUUCAAAGCAUUGAGCUAUGUUGGUGUUAUGCAAUCAAAAACAUUGUUCAGAGAGAUGGAGAAGAAGAGGCAGCAGAUAUCAUCGUUUUCCCUAAACUUAGUUCCUUGAUGCUACAAUGGUUGCGAAAUCUCGUGAGUUUCUGUAUUGAAGCUUAUUCUUUUGAAUGGCCAUCCAUUAAGGAUAUUACUUUGAGUCAUUGUUACAAUUUGAAAACAAUUGGUUCAGAAACUCAGAGACCAAGAAAGUUGAAGAAAAUCAACGAGGAAUUGGAUUCAAGACCUCAUGAGCCUAGAAUUGGGUCCCUUGGUUUUCUUGGGCGAUGCCUUGAGUGUGUACCACGUAGCAAAAAUUAUGGUCCAAUGGCUGUGUCAGACCAAGGCACCACCAAUAAAUCCCAAAGAAGCUAUUCUGUGAAGAAAGAGGGUACUUUGACUAAGCCGAAGGAUCCAAGAGCUAGUGAUAUCAAUAAUCCCUCAAAGAUAUGGUCUCUUUUUCCAUCCAAUCUAAUUGAGUGCUUAAAGAAUCUAGAAUCAGUUUACUUGGAGUUUUGUGAUUCAAUAGAAGUUAUAUUUCAACUUGAGGAACUAAAUGUUGAGGAAAGUCACGUGGCACCCGUACUUGACCAGUUACGAAAAUUGCAUCUAAAUGGUUUAUCAAAACUGAUGCACAUAUGGAAGAAGGGUCCAAAAAGGAUCAUGGGCUUUGGAAACCUGAGAUUGUUAGAAGUUAAGAAAUGUAACAAUCUGACAAAUUUGUUCUCACCAUCCAUAGGGAAAUUGCUUGUAAUGUUAGAGGAAAUAAAAGUUAUUGGCUGUGAAAAAAUUGAAGAACUCCUUGCAAUAGCAAAACAAGAAGAAGAAGAAGAAGAAUUUUUGUUCUACAAAGUGAACUCAAUCUGGCUCGAGGAUUUACCAAAUCUUCAGUGUUUUUGCAAAGAAAAAAAUGCUUUUGAGUGGCCAUCCCUGAAGAAAAUUAUGGUAAUUGGAUGUCCCAAUUUAAGGACAUUUGUUCCAACUAAUCUAAAGACACCUAAGCUAGAAGGAGUAUACGAAGACAAGAAAUUCAGAACACCUCAGUGGAAGGGGGACCUCAAUGCCACCUUAGAGCACAUAUUCAAAGGUAAGGAAAAACAGGUGGAUCAUGAGUGACUCAUGACAUACAGCAACAAGAGCAAACAGAAAAACUAGUGGAUCAUGAGACACAACAACAAGAGAAACUGAGACCAAUGAGACAGAACAGCGAGACAGAUAUGUGAUGCUGGGCAAGUCAUAUAGUAGGUUUUAAUAGGAUGGUUUGGACAAAACGAUGAAGAAAAUUUAUGCAAUUAAAGAAGAUGAUCUUUGUGCAGUUUCCUUUCACUGUUUGUAAAUAUUUUGUUUAAUAAAUUAGCAAAAAAUUGUUAUGUCUUUCUUAUAUAAUGUUUCUAGAUGACUGAGUAAUUGGUUUAAACACUUCCAAAUAUUUUCAUAUAUUGCUUUU